GUGAGUGAGUGAGUGAGUGAGUGAGUGAGUGAGUCUUAAUUCAAUUUCCAAUUGAGUCCUGCUUGUGUUCUUCUAUAUAUUUUGAUUGACUCUACUUUCCUUCUUCAUUUAUUGUCCGCGCGGGAUACGUGUUUGUCAACGAGAGCAUCUUUCAUUGCACUGCGCCAGUUCUUACAUUUUUUGUGCUGGGCGAAGAGAGGCAAGAAAGAAUCCCAACCGUAGCUCUUAUCAAGCAUAAUCUACAAUCUUUUAAAAUAUUUGAUACGCAGAUAUAUACCACCGUUACAACGAUGUCUUCUUUUCCAGUACCAAUCAAAUCUAGGGAUGAGGGGCACCUACGGGACUCAAUCUCCAGAUCUCCUUUUAGCACUUCAUUCAUAUCUCGCUCACCUAUUGCUCAAGAAUCACUUGCGAGAGAUUUGGCGGAAUAUCCCGCAGAUGAUAUAGAAACACCGGCGCAGAAUGAAUGCACUAGCUCUGGGGAUGAGUCUUCAGAGGCUUCCACAAUUCGCCAAUCGGAGGCUCAGCACGCAAUGACGCAUUCGUAUCGGAGGCCAAGUUUUGUGGCAUUUGCUGGUACUCGUCCUGCGCUUACUCCCCAGUUCAAAGAUACAGCAUGGUUGAGCAAGAAGGAAAGACAUGACACGAGGAACGAGGAAAGGAGUUUAUUGAGGGACAAUCAUCUAGCUCCACCAAAACAUCCCGAGCCAGCGAAGCGAAGCGCCUUCAACCGGUUAUACAGGAAAUUGUUUAGCACAAAAAUACCAAAGCCAACGGGCGAUGAAGAAGCUGGAACGCCAUCAGAGACUUCAGCAUUGCUACCAAAUGGGCAGCACGAGUCUGCGCGUUCACGCCACGAGAGACUAAACAGACAAUGGGAAGAAGCUGUCGCAGCAGGGAAGAUCAAAACAACAUGGCAACGAGAGGCGAAGACUUUAUUGAGAUAUUCGAGCCCAUUGGUCGUGACUUUUGUCCUUCAAUAUUCCCUUACUGUUGCGAGUAUAUUCACAGUCGGACAUCUCGGGAAAAUAGAAUUGGGUGCUGUCAGUUUGGCUAGUAUGACAGCGAAUAUUAGUGGAUAUGCUAUCUAUCAAGGACUGGCUACAAGUUUGGAUACACUUUGUGCGCAGGCAUACGGAUCUGGUAGAAAAGGUCUAGUCGGAUUACAAUUGCAAAGAAUGGUAUGGUUCCUCUGGGCUCUGACUAUACCAAUAGGCAUAAUUUGGUUGAGUGCCGAGAAAAUCCUGGAAACUAUCGUACCCAAUAAACGUUCCGCAGAGCUGGCAGGUCUAUAUCUUCGAGUUUUACUAUUCGGAGCUCCUGGAAUGGCACUUUUUGAAAGUGCGAAAAGAUUCGUACAAGCACAAGGAUUGUUUUCUGCAACCACUUACGUUUUGCUUAUCUGCGCACCUCUCAAUGCUUUCAUGAAUUGGUUGUUUGUUUGGCAGUUUGAGUGGGGGUUUAUUGGAGCUCCAAUCGCUGUUGCUGUGACAGAUAAUCUCUUACCUCUUCUUUUAUUUCUAUAUGUCCGAUUCGUGGAUGGAAAAGAUUGUUGGGAUGGAUUUACAUGGAGAGCUUUUCAUAACUGGGGUAAGUUUUAGCUGCACUCUGCUUAUAUAAUUCUAACAAGUGCCAGGUCCGAUGAUCAAGCUCGCUCUUCCUGGCCUCGUCAUGGUGUUGGCGGAGUACUUAGCAUUUGAGGUUCUAACUUUAGCGUCGAGCUACUUUUCCGUAACGCAUCUCGCGGCUCAAAGUGUCCUUACUACCAUAACUGCUUUAACUUUCCAAAUCCCAUUCUCCAUUUCUAUCGCAGCUUCCACCCGUGUGGCAAAUCUUAUCGGCGCCACACUCUCAGAUGCGGCUAAAACUAGUUCGAAAGUGGUACGUAAAGCUUCAAUUUUGUGUUCCCAGGUGUUAUGCAUCCCCAUUUAAGAGCCGUUGAGCUAACAAGGCUUACCUGCCAGGCCAUCUAUGCUGCCUGCAUAGUUGGACUAUUCAACUUUACACUAAUUUCCUCCCUGCGCAAUAUCGUACCCCGUCUCUUCACCGACGACGUCGACGUUAUAAACAUCGUCGCCAGUGUCUUACCUCUCUGUGCUGCAUUCCAACUCUUUGAUGCCUUAGCAGCAAAUUGUAAUGGCUUGCUCAGAGGAUUGGGAAGACAGGAGAUAGGUGGAUAUGUUAAUCUCUUCUGCUACUAUGUAUUAGCGAUGCCAAUUAGUUUUGGAACGGCAUUUGGAUUAGGAUGGCAAUUAGAGGGAUUGUGGUUGGGUGUUGCCCUUGCGUUGGGUCUGGUGGCAGCGAUUGAGGGGUGGUUUUUGGUGAGAACGGAUUGGGAGCGUGCCGUGGAGGUAUGUUUUUGGGCUUUCCUUGAAGCAGUUGCUUAUUUUGAGAAAAUUACUAACGUGUACAUGAUCACAGGCAGCACAAGAUCGAAAUGCAGCAGGAUGAUUUUUUGUUGAUGUAAAUGAUGUAAUGAUUUUUAAUUUCAGGAAAACUAGGUGAUUAGGCAGGAGAGAAAGUUAUAAAAUUUAUGAGGGUUAAAAUCUACGGUGGUGGUUCAAUUUUAGAGGAGGUUGCGUGUUAAGAACCUCUACAGCUAGAUUGAUGGUUUGAUAUAUUUAUCUUUACUUGAACAUUUUUUGGCGACAAUUUUCUUUCCUCCGUUUUCGUUAUUGAUUAUAUCGAAACUGAGCUCUGUUUUGUACAUGAGCGAGCGGUCGUACUUGUAUACUUGUACAUACCCCACCUGCGAUAUAUAAGCAUGCACA